AUGGCGGACCAGUUCAAACCCCGGACGAUGAAACGCAAGAAUGUCAAAGGUCUUGCGCUCAAUGCAGCCCCGAAACCCGCCGCGAACGCCUCUGACGGGGAUGCCCAGGUUCCUGGAGCGAUUGGAAAUAGCGAAAGCAACCGCACAGAUACUCUAGAAAUCGGACUGGAGUUCCGACUAGAUCUCCGCAGCGAGGACCUGGUGACUUUGAAAGAGCUGGGCGCUGGAAAUGGAGGCACGGUCUCAAAAGUGAUGCAUGCAUCGACCAAGGUUGUGAUGGCUCGAAAGAUUAUCCGAGUUGAGGCCAAAGAAAAUGUGCGGAAGCAGAUUCUACGAGAACUCCGAGUCGGACAUGACUGCAACUGCCCCAAUAUUGUGACCUUUUAUGGCGCGUUCCAGAACGAGGCAAGAGAUAUUGUCCUGUGCAUGGAAUACAUGGAUUGCGGGUCCCUCGAUCGUGUGUCAAAAGACUUUGGUCCCGUUCGAGUAGAUGUGCUGGGUAAGAUCACUGAGUCUGUGCUGGCUGGUCUUGUCUACCUGUACGAGGUGCACCGCAUCAUGCACCGAGACAUCAAACCAUCCAACGUCCUGGUCAACUCCCGCGGAAACAUUAAGCUUUGUGACUUUGGUGUCGCCACCGAGACAGUUAAUUCGAUUGCCGAUACUUUCGUCGGAACGUCAACGUACAUGGCUCCGGAACGAAUUCAGGGAGGCGCUUACACCGUUCGGUCCGAUGUGUGGAGUGUGGGUCUGACGGUCAUGGAGUUGGCUGUAGGAAAGUUCCCAUUCGAUCACUCCGACCCGGCCGCAGGAAAUCGCGCCAGUACAGGGCCGAUGGGUAUUCUCGACCUGCUUCAGCAGAUUGUUCAUGAAUCCGCUCCCAAAUUGCCCAAGAGUGAUGCCUUCCCACCCAUUCUGCACGACUUUGUCGGGAAGUGUUUGAUGAAGAAAUCCGAGGAACGGCCAACUCCCCGAGAGCUCUACGACAAGGACGCUUUCUUACAAGCGGCUAAGCGCACACCUGUUGAUCUGCAAGAGUGGGCUAUCAGCAUGAUGGAAAGACACAAUCGUAAAUCGUAUCUGGCACCACCAGCGCCCAAGUCACUCAAAGAGGGCACUCCAUCCACAACAAGCACCCCACCUGCUGCAGUGCCGGCACCUACGUCUGCUCUGCCAACUCCCCCCAAGCCCGCCCCCAUAAGCAAAUCAGCUCGUCCACCUCAACCUCAACAGUCUCCCUACCACCAGACACCCACGUCGGGUGACAUCCCCCUCAACAUCGCCAGUGAUGCAUCUGCCAAUCGUUAUUAUGGUGGCAGCCAGCAGAACAACCAUUAUUCUUCUUCGCGCUCUACGCGUUCUCCACCGCCCCCAUCUCUGGAACACCUGUCCCUGGAAACCAGAAUGGACGACGAUCGCUCCAGCCGGCGCCCGACCCGUCAUAUCGGCGACCCGGUGUCUGCUGUUGAUGCCCCUUCUCGGCCCUUCAUGAGCCCACGCUCUAUGAGCACAAACAACAAUAAGCCCCAAGCCAGCCUGAUACCCGGGACAUUGCCAUUGCGUCCUGCUCCCCCAACCGGGCCCCCUCCACCUGCCCCCGCAUCUAGUGGGAACUGGCGUGGUUAUUCCGGUCAUAUUCCGGGAGCCAAUGCUUGA